AUGAUAGUGGCGCAGCAGUCAGAUCAGCAGCAGCAGUGCAUUUGGUUAAAAAGAAGCCGCAAGAAUCAACCACAGUGGCAUGCACUGGGCGCGGGUGCUUUUAUAUUUGUCUCAGGUGGCAUGAGCCAGGCUUGGAGUGCCGGCUUUGCAGCGCACUCCACACACCAACCGAAUUUACAGCAACAAUUUCAUAUGCAGUUCUCUUGGUACAUUGCAGCGCUCUGUGGCGCCAUUAUUUUCAGCGCGUGCCUGGUGCUAGUCUGCGGCUUACUCUACCUCAUACUACCCGAGCAAGCGGAAGCUAUUAUUGCUGCGAGAUAUUUAGAUGGUCUAGCCAAUGGUUUGGUGUUCGUUCCAACACUGAGCACAGUAGGCGAGCUGGCCGUGUUGGAGCUACGCGGCUUAUUGGCCGGUGCCGUGGAGCACUUGAGCUACAACUUGGGCAUAUUUAUGCUGGUCUUUUACACCGCCAUCUGGCAAAGCGACUGGAAUAUAGCGCUGCUGGCGGAUCAGCUUCACGGCCUACUGUCCAUCAUCUAUGGUGUACUCUCACUGGCCUUGGCCCUAACACUCUAUGUAGAGACGCCUGUUUUCUUUCUCCUGCAACGCAAUGAGCAGGCGGCCAUCGUGUCCUUGCGGCUUCUUCAGCGUCCUUAUAUGGUGACGAGCGAUACCUUGCUGCAGCUGGACGAGCACAAGCGGUAUGUGGCAGCGCAACGCGAAUUGAAGUGCUCGCGUGUCUUAAGCAACACGCUGGCGCCACUGCUGAAGCUUUUGGUUUAUCGUACGCUCUACGCCUUGAGCUUCACUCCUUUGGUCUGGUGUGCUCUUUAUGAGGCAGGCAGUCAGCUAACGGCCCAUUUUCAUACCUGGCCUUAUGUGAUGUUUGCUCUGCUGCGUCUUAGUGGUAGCUGCUGCAUUGUGCCUCUGCUGGAUGGCAGUGGGCGUAAGAAGCCCACAAUGUUUGGGAGUUUUGCCGUUGGUGCGACGGCCUUGAGCUUCGCUACUUUGCUGCAGCUGCAAGCAUCAGCUGCAUUGGUCUGUUUGUUGGCUGUGCAGUUUUUUGCAAGUGUGGCGCAUACAGCUUCGGCUGUUUACUUCACAGAGGCAUUUCCUCUGGCCGUUAAGCCAUUCUGUGUGGCGCUUGUUUAUGCUGUGGAACUGCUUAUUAGACUCAGUUUUUGCUACUUUGUGCCUGCGCGUGAAGACAUUAUACAUUAUUUUUACUUUUUCGGUGGCGUAUACUUAAUGUUCUUUGCGUUAAGUAUAUUUUGUUUGCCAGAGACGCGCCUAACAACUCUGACAGCAGCGCAGCAUAAGCUACGCCAAUGGUUCAAUAAAGACUUUUAA